AGCACAUUUCGGAACGCAUCCUUAGAUGGCGUUUAAAUACAAAAUUUUUCUAUAAGAAUUUAUCGAGUCUGGUUUAUAAAGAAUAAAGAUAGAGCAGAUAGAGUACGUGGUUGAUAAACGAUGGUAGUUGAAGAGAAAGUCGAUAUUUUGGAGGAGAAUCAGGAUGGGGUAAUCGGAAAGGAACCGAAAACGUAUUCUUUGGAGAUUUUGAAAAUAAUCAAGGAAGCACAACAGCAACAUGGGUUGAGACAUAGUGAUUACCAGCGGUAUCGCGGUUAUUGCUCUAGAAGACUCAGAAGAUUGCGAAAGGUGCUGAAAGUACCACAGGGUGACAGACGUCAUUUUAAGAGAAAAGAUGUCACCGCGACCAUGGUCAGCGACGAUAAAUUUUUGCAAGUGCCUUUAAUAAUGGCUGAACGCGCUUGGAGCUAUGCGAUGCAACUGCGCCAGGAAUCUAAUACGGAACCAAGGAAGAAAUUCCAUUUGAUAUCAAGGCUGAAGAAAGCAGCUAUAUACUCUUUACAAUUGCAAGAUUUGAUAGAGAAUGUAAAUUGCGAUGCGCGUACAAAGCUGGAAGCUCAAGCAUAUGUCGCUUGGAUGAAUGGUUCCUUGCAGUUCGAGUUGCAACUGUGGAAGCAAGCUAUGGAGAACCUGCAAAAGGCACAGGUUGUUUACGGUAAUCUGGCAUCUGCGUUGCCGGAAGCUGAGCAAGUUGUGUAUAAAGCACGAGUCGAGGAGUUGGCACCCAGUCUCAGAUAUUGUGCUUACAACAUUGGAGACACUAGUGCUAUAGAUGACCUCAUGCAGAUGCGUGGUCAAUUGAGUGGCGAGUUGAUGGCCAGUUUGGACUCUCUGAUAGCUCAGACGCGUGAGAAGCAGGCUAGCACCGAGGAAGUAAUGUGGCGUGGAAAGUCUUGUGGCACAGUGCCACCUAGAGCAGCUGGUCUGAUCAUCGCAGAUACCAGGCUCAAUCAAGCUCUAGAAAAGGCUGCUUCCAAUCAGGCAAAGAUCGAUCUAUUAGAGGCACACUUGAUAGACAGCAAGGAUGCUCUAUCGGUGGUGCGUGAGUAUUUCAAGAACGAGUUGAAAAGUAAGGAAAAUGAUAAGUGGUCGACCCCGCAGCAUCUGAUCAACUAUUUGCAGUAUAUCCGAUUGUCUCGUACAUUGGAACGCAAUUUGGCACUGGUAAAAGCAGCAGAGGAAUCGGAGAAGGCCAAGCCGCAAGACAUAGUGCGCUUAUAUGAGGCGGCAUUGCAUAAUCUUGUGGAGAUAUCUCAACUGCAAGACGAUGCGGAAUUUUUGGAAGAGCAGGAGGCGAAAACGAAGAGUUACAGAGCCUUUAGAUGUUUCUAUAUGGCUCAAUCGCUUGCCAAUUUGCAUCGUUGGCGCGAGGCUAUGGCUCUGUAUCAAAGAUCACUACAGCAUGUUAAGGACGCCCUUAAGUGUGACAAGGUUCUUCCAAUCAUGCUGAAAGAAGCUUUAUGCAAGCUGGAAACCUCUGUGGAGGCUGCACAGUAUGCUGCUCACGCUCACAGUGUUCUAGAGGAUGGUCAGGAAGAGGAGAGUGGAACAAAUAAACUUGCCAAAAGUAAGAAACCGCUCUUUGAACGUUUGCAUGAGUACAGAGAAGAUCCCGCGCUUCUCACCAAACAACCGAACGUCUACAAAUUGCCACCACCGAUGCGCAGCAUUCCUUGUAAGCCGCUUUUCUUCGAUCUGGCUUUUAACAUGGUUGAGUUUCCUGAUCUGUCGCACAAAAUGGGCGAUCAGGCUAAAAGAGGACAGGCCGGUCUCACCGGCUUUGUCAAAGGUCUUUGGGGUUGGGGAAACAAAUGAACACUCUCUUUAUACAGUUUAAGAAGAUCGAUAUAUAGAAUUUUGGAUACAUUGUAUAGACAGUAUUGUCACGAGAUGCUGUAUAUUGUUAUUACUGUCUCACUAUGGUAUGUCGGUGCAAAAGGUUUUAUUCCAGUGCAAUUUGAAUUUGCACUGUAGCAAUAUUAUUGAGGAUAAAAAUAAAAUGGAAUAUUUAAUGUGUA